GCAAAAAUUAAACGAGAAAUACGUUAACCAAAAAGGCCCAAAACGGAUUUGAUGCUGUUUCUGACGUGAACGUUAGAAGUGAACCCAGUGGACUGUAUCCAAAUGUUAUUUUUUCCAAUUCCAACACUGGAAUCUGACCCGAUUCACAGAACCAUCGACCCGACUCGUUUUACAGAACCGGCUCGUCGUCACACGGUCUCUGGUGACGAACAGGCCACGCGUGACUACAUACAUAAUUUGGUUUCUCUUUUUUUUUUGUUCUUCUUGUUCCUCUUUGGUUUUUGACAUUGGUUCUGGAGAAGAUGAGUUCGGUAGAACCAGACAUGGAAGAUCUGUUCCAGGAGAAGAAGCGUGUCAGGAAUCCUCUCGUUCCUCUCGGUGCACUUAUGACCGCGGGAGUGCUCACGGCUGGGUUGAUUAGUUUCAGAAGAGGCAAUUCUCAGUUGGGUCAGGUUUUGAUGAGAGCUAGGGUGGUCGUCCAGGGUGCUACUGUCGCUUUAAUGGUUGGAACCGGUUAUUACUACGGUGAUAAUCCGUGGAAGAAGUGAGCUCCAACUACUUGUUCGUUUUCACAUAAUUGAGAUGACACUCGGGAAAUCUGCGGGCAAAGGUGUGUGUGCUCUCGCUCUGAGUGUAGAAAUAUGCGGUCUUGCUAGGAUUUAGUAAGGGUACAUUACAUGAUUUGAAUAAUUUGAAGAACGAACAAGUAUCGUUGUAUCUUGAUCAAUUGAUUAGAUUGAUUUAAGGAAAUUCUCCGAAAACCAUCUUUACUCUAUCUGUCAAAAUCUCAUUAUCUUUCUGCCGACAAUCUCUGUGUUGUUUAUUUACUUACACUUAUGUUUGAGUUUUGACUUCUUGAAAGAUCCUUUGAGAAACAUGGGACAAUGCAUUAUCACAUAGACUCUAUUAUCAAAAUAUAUAAUGGCAAAUAAGUGGGAGUGAAGAGACUAUGUAUUAGAAGGCAAGCUAUGUUUAAUGAUUUCAGAACAUCUUAGUGGAAGACAAUGGUGGGCCUAAUAGUUUCCUAAUCAUAUUCUUGUGUUUUUUUCCAGCUUAUUGUGGUUCUUGACCUUCUACAUGUGAAAUCCUAAUUACAUUUUUGGUCUUUUUAGUCAAUAAUGGUUAUGGUUUAGCUAAUAAUCAUGCCACCAAGACAUAAAGAUGGGACCAAUGAGAAGCUUUUGGAAUGAUACACUUUUAAAGCGUGUCUUGAUGUUUGAAAUCUCAUGACUAUAUUUUACAGUGACUGAUCACUGAGCUAUACUCAAAACUGCUUUUUCUCUUCAAACACCAAAAUGUGUAGGUUACUUUUGUCUGAAAUCCAUGAAACUGAAGCUCUUUCACCUAAAUCUUCAUCUGCAGCAACACUAACUCUUAUGAACCAGAAAGAUCCAUCUUCAAGCUCUAUAGUGUCUGUUUUAUGUUUAGUUAUCUCUGGUCUUGCUCUUAUCAUCGUCUUCCUCGGUGUCCUCUACUUGAUCUUCAAAUUUCUCCGCAAGUCCUCGACUUUAUUUCCCAUUCCCCAUUUCAACUACAACCCAGAUCUCUUUUCUUUCUCCUCGCCUCAGCUCCAGCACCUGUUCUUCCUCCAUGACUCUGGUCUAGACCAGACUGCCAUCGAUGCACUUCCAGUGUUCCUCUAUGGUAAUGUAACCAUUAGUCUUGAACAGCCAUUCGAUUGCGCCGUAUGUCUCAAUGAGUUCUCUGACACAGACAAGCUCAGACUACUCCCUGUUUGUAGCCAUGCUUUCCAUCUACACUGUAUCGACACAUGGCUUCUUUCGAACUCUACUUGCCCUCUCUGCAGAAGAUCACUCUCAACCUCAAACGUCUGCUACAACCACUCGGAGACUCUUGUCGCCCCCUUGUCUGGGCAUCAGCAGGUGGAUGACGGCAAAGCCUCCCUUGCUAAAAGAGUUUUCUCUGUUCGUCUCGGGAGAUUCAAAAGCACGAACGAAAGUCAAAGUCAACGACAUGAUGUCAAAGAUGAAAUCGGGGUAAGAAUGCCAAGAAGAUGUUACUCGAUGGGCACGCAACAGUAUCUCGUAUGCGAUCAAGAUUUUGUGGUGGCUCUGUCUUCGUCUCCUCGUGAGGGAAAUAUCGGUCGGUAA